CCUUUUAUUCAUCCCCUCCUUCCAAUCAAUGCUCCACCCAACCCACCUCCCUUCUCUCUCCUCCUCCCUUCCCUUAUCUUCGUCCUUUUCUUCUUCUUCUUCCUCGUUCAGGGUAACCCAGAAGAGAAAGAAUCGAUUUUGACGGCUCCUCCCCUGUUCUCCCGAGUCUCUCAAUUUGCAUGCGUGCGUGCGUGCGGAAGCCGAGGGAAAGUUUCGGUUUUUGGCCGGUUCUGAAUUGUGGGUCUUGCGUGUAAUCCACGUUGAAACGGAAAUGGAGUGCGUCGAGGCCGCUCUGAAGAUGAGUUUCAGGAGGGAAAUGGCCGCGAGGCCGUUCGUUCGGGACGAGACGGUCUGGCCUGCGGCCAGUAAUUCUCUGAACGCGUCGUCUUCCGACGACUUUCUCGUGGACGAACUCCUCGACUUCUCCAACGACGAAGGCUUUGUCCAAGCGCAUGAAAAAGAAGAAGGAGAAGAGCGAAACCCAAAAGAAGGAGGAGGAGAAGGAGAAGGAGAAGGAGGAGAAAGAGCAGCGGCGAAAUUAAUUUCCUCUGCUUCCUGCUCAGCUGAAGAGAGAUUUUCAGCCAAAACAGAGGAUUUUGGGCCUUUGCCCGCCAGUGAACUCAGCGUUCCGGACGAUGAUUUGGCGGACCUUGAAUGGCUGUCCCAUUUCGUAGACGAUUCCUUCUCCGAAUUCUCCUCUCCUCUUCCCGCCGUCUUCCCGGCGGAGAAGCCUCGGAAUCCGCAAAGUCACCAGAACCGGUCCGGACCGGAGGCUCCGGCCAUGGGCAAGCCUCAUUUCGCGACUCCUGCUCAGGCCAAAUCCCGGAGGAGCAAGCGCGCGAGGACCGGCGGCCGGGUCUGGUCCCUCGGGUCGCCGUCCCUGACCGACGCCUCCUCGAGCAGCUGCUCGUCCUCGUCGAGCUCCAAUUCGCCGGCGAGUAACUGGCUCGCCUGCACGACCCCCCCGGCCCGGAAGAGCUCGGAGCCGCCCGAGAACAUAGCCUACUCGGACCGGAAGCCGCCGGUGAAGAAGCAGAAGAGGCCGGACCAGCCGGCGCCGGGCGCCGCCCAGCCGCCGGCGCGGCGGUGCAGCCACUGCGGCGUGCAGAAGACCCCGCAGUGGAGGGCCGGCCCGCUCGGCGCGAAGACGCUCUGCAACGCCUGCGGGGUCCGGUUCAAGUCGGGCCGGCUGUUCCCCGAGUACCGGCCGGCCUGCAGCCCGACCUUCUCGAGCGAGAUGCACUCGAACCACCACCGGAAAGUGGUGGAGAUGCGGCGGAAGAAGGAGGUGCCGGGUCAAUCCGGGUCCGCCCAGGCCGUCCCCAGCUUUUGAGAAUUCCCCUUUUGACGGGGCGCGAGUCAAUAGUUGAGAAGAACCGGACCGGUUCGGUCCGCUAGGUCCCCGCCAGAGAGAGUUAGGUCCCUUAGCAUUUACCUAGAAAAACAUUCAUUUCAGUGGACGAAUGCGUUAGAUUAGGUCUAGGCAAUGAAGGGAGGGUGAUUCAUUAGUGUACCUUUUUCUUCUUUCACAGAUUUUCAGAUUAACAAGUUUUUAAUUCGAUUUGUCCCUUUUUUCCGCCCAUCAAUUUGAAUUUUGUCCUUU